GGAGCGGCCGCCUGACGGAGCGGGGGCCGGGCUCUGUGUGUGCUCAUUUUCGGCGCUGUGGGGGUGCCGUGUCGCUGUGUGGGUGCCGAGUCGGUGUGGCGGUGCCGUGGCGGCGGAGCGGCCCGGGCAGACGGAAACAAGAACUCUGAAAUCAUGGCGGGGAAACCCAAGCUGCACUACACCAAGGGAAGGGGGAAGAUGGAGUCAAUCCGCUGGCUGUUAGCAGCAGCUGGGGUUGAGUUUGAGGAAGAAUUCAUAGAAACAAAAGAAGACUUAGAAAAAUUGCGCAAUGAUGGAGUCUUGCUGUUUCAGCAGGUGCCCAUGGUGGAGAUCGAUGGGAUGAGGAUGGUACAGACCAGAGCCAUCCUCAGCUACAUUGCAGCCAAGUACAACCUCUAUGGGAAGGACCUGAAGGAAAGAGCCUGGAUUGAUAUGUACGUGGAGGGAACUACAGACCUAAUGGGAAUGAUCAUGUAUCUCCCUUUUCAACCAGCUGAUACAAAAGAAAAGAAUCUUGCCUUAAUGAUUGAACGAGCUACAACCAGGUACUUUCCUGUUUAUGAAAAGGCCUUAAAAGGUCAGGAUUAUCUUGUUGGCAACAAAUUAAGCUGGGCAGAUGUCCAUCUGCUGGAAGCCAUUUUAAUGGUAGAAGAAUGUAAGGCUGAUGUACUGUCUGCAUUCCCUCUGCUACAGGCUUUUAAAGGAAGAAUCAGCAACAUUCCAACAAUCAAAAAAUUCUUACAGCCUGGAAGCCAGAGGAAGCCACCAACAGAUGAGAAGUUUGUUGCUGUUGUGAGGAAAAUAUUCAAUAUCUAAUCUGAUGAAGAUAACCCAACUGUAGUAUAUUACCAGAGCUUGCCUUGUAACUGUAAAUUGCAUAGAUGUACUCUCUAACUUGGCCAGUGUUGAAACUUCACACACUUGGCCAUCAUAGGGCCAGUGUUGAAACAAUACACUGUCCAAUACACUUUUAAAUUAGAAUAAAAGGCUAAUUUGGACCUGUUGAGUCCAGAAAGAAGAAUUUCAUGAAGUAGUUAUAUGAAAUAAACUAGAAGCUCACUAUCUCCCUGCUGUUCACAGCUUAAAAAUUAGGUAAAUAAAACCUUUAAAAGUAAAAUUAAAAUUUAUGAUCCUUUUAAGUUUCUGGGCAGAAGUAAGAAACUUUUCUAAUCCCCACGUGAAUCUCUUAGGAGUGAUUUUUUUUCACUGAAAGAGCAAAGUUCUUGUGUUUAAUUGGCCUGCUGUGGUUUUUGUUCACUGAAAGCACCUAUUCCCUUGCUCUUCUUUUUGCUGCUUGGCUGGCUGGUCAGUGAGGCAAAUGCCCCUUGAGUGUUUUUUUGUAAGGUUUUAUCUUUGCAGUCAUUUCCCACAGUUAUAAAGCCAAGUGCACUGGCUGCUUACCUUUUCAGUAAGAGUGAGUUUUACCUCAAGAGUGCUUAAAGCAUGCACUGCUAUGUCAGAUUCUUUACCCUAAUUUCAUGGGAACCAUCAUUGUUCUCUUUAAGAACAUUGCCAUAAACCAUCCUUCUUUGCAUUUAGCUGUUUCUCCUCAGUAGGACUCCAGCUGAUUAGGUGUGUCUGUCUGCCCCACAUUGGAGCGCCAAACUCUGUGUCUGGUCCCAUCCCGCACCGGGCGGGAGAUGACCUCUGGCUGGCUCGAGUCAACACAGCCACAGAAUGGUCCCGGUUCGUUUCGGCUUCUCGGCUUAGCAGCUGGACCCCAAAAGUGUUGUGACAGCAACAGCAGCAGAAGAGAAAAGGCUGGCUCUCAGCUUAGCAGGUUAAAAGAUGUUUAUUAGCUCCAGAGUUGAGGAGCAGGGAGGCUCCGAGCUCCGAGCUGAGAGCUCCGAGGCUGAGAGGCUGAGAGAGAGAUGCUGAGAGAGUUUUUUCCUCCCUCCUACCCCCUAUAUGCGGGGGAGGGGUUCCAGGGAGGAUACUACAAGACAACAAAUCAGAGAAUUCAGGGGGUAACAAGGUGUGCCCACCCCCAAGCCUUGGACCACUAAAAUCCAAAGCUAAAGGAAUUCCCCCCAGGGGGCCCAUCACCUGAAGCCCUCUCCCUGAGAUUUUGUAACCUGGGAGGGUUCCUCAAAGUGAUAGACAAGCUGCCCCAGAGAGGGGGGUGGGAGGACUGACACAAAACACCUUGUUAUACAGACAACACAAAAAGGGUUACAACAUUGGGGAUACAGUGAAAUGAACCAUAACAUAAACUUCUUAUAAAAACCUAAUAAAACAGUUCUGCACCACCACAAUUAGGCAAACCGUCAGCCAGUGUACAUGAAAAAUUGCUGCCUAGCAAAGUGUCAUGGGUUAGUACAGUUUAGUUUUUUAGUUAUAGAGGAAUGUAGAAUGAUUUUCCAGGUCAGGACCUGGGAAUUGCUUUAGAAAGGACAGGGACCUAUCAGACUUUGGGAAGUACCAUAUAAAACCCCUUGAUUUCCUGUAGGUGGGGCUUUUUCCUUCUUUCCUUUGGCCCGAGAGAGACAGGUAACAUCGAGCUGAGCCUGCUGCUCCUCCCUUUUGUGGGGAGCUGGCCUGAGGCCUGGCCGGAUUCCAUUGGCUCUUGGGUGUGGGGGGGAGGAGAGGUUGCUGCUUUACAACAACUACUUUCUCCAAACUUCCCUGGAGCAGGGAGAGAUCUCUGCUGGGCCCCUGAUAAGAGCUAUGGGCACCAUUUAGGAUGAGACCACCCCGAUUUACACCAAGGGGUGGGCUGAAAAGGCAUUUAUGAUCCUGCCUGGUUUUUUUUGUGAUUCUGGACUGCCUGAGUGCUCUGAUCUCUGAUGUUUCUGUGUGAGUUCUUCCUCCCUCACCAGUACAGCCUUGAACAUCUAACACCAGGAGCUACAGAGAGAGAGAGACUGCGAGCAGAUUUAACCCUUUCCUGGCAACAUGAAGCUUCCAGAGCUUGGCCCUUCUCUGAAAGAGUAAGAAAGGACAGAGUGAACAUAAAGAAGAAAACAGCAUGACGUCAGUAGAGCAAGAGUGGAAAGACUAUUGGGACAAGGGUUAAGGAGUUGGUUGUUCCAUUCUUAUUUGAGCCAUGGAAAUGAACUCUAUAUUUAGAUCAUUCCUUUAAAUCAUGGGAAAGAUAAGCAUUUAGGGAGAUGAUUGUUUUGAUUUGUGUGUGGAUUUGAGCAAAGGUGUUUGUAAUGUACUAAGUAAUAUUAAUCCAAUAAGAUGUUUGAACAGAGGUAGAGAUGAGAAGCCCUCUGCGCCAGUGAAGACAUGAGAAGAUAUCUCUGUACCUUGAGAUGAAGAACCCUUUGCUUUUGGAGUUAUUGAUCUUUAAAAGGUGACACCCCAGUAUGCAAAAUUCUAAGACCCAUGACCCAUAAGCAGCUUGGGAACCUGCUCCUGGGAGGAGUCACAAAGGCAGGUUUCCCCAGGCGGUUGUUUUUGUGACAGUUAAAAAACCCACAAGAGAACUGUUCUAGGUUGUCAGUGGUAUCCAUGACACUAAGAGAGACUCUUCUCCUAAAGAAUUGAUGAAAGACUAUUAUCAGAUGGUGAAACUGACUGAAAAUUACAAGUUUUGUCUCUUUAUGUUGUUUUGUAAGAAAGUUAACAGUUUGUAAGGGGAGGGAAGAGUGUUUUUGGAGUUUCAUUCUCUUUUGUUUUAGUUUUUCCCCCCAACUUUCUUUUUCUAUUCUUUCAGUGUGUGUUAAUAAAACUAUUUUUUCAUUUUUAA